GAGCGAGCAGAUCUCGCAUGAUAUUUGUUGAAGAUCGCUAGCGCGCUUGGGCUUCCAGUCGGUGCGUUUCUUCUUUUCUUUCUUUUCCCGUUUCCGUAUCUUCUCCCUUGCCCUUUCCCUCCCCGCUCCGCGUGUGUGUGUCUGUCUGCGUCAUCGACCAUGUUUGAGCGGCGCGGCGGGUGGCACAUCGCCGGCCGUGCGGAGUUUUCUUCCACCCCGGCGGAGUUCGGCGACGGCGGCCCUGCCUCUGCUGUGUCGACCGACGAACGGUACUCCUUUCGCGUUCCCCAUCGUUGUGGCAGUCGAGACAUCCGCGGCAGCAGCUCUGGUUGCGGCAGCGAGCAUACUGUCGGGGGACGUCCGUCGGUGAUGGACCUCGCCAGCUGUCAUGGCUUGACCAACUCGAGUGCGAGCGCCGGUAUCACGUCGGCAAACGUUUCUGACUCUCGCUGGGCCGCCGCCGCCGCCUGUACUCCGCCGCUACCGCCGCUUUCUGCGGCCCCCGCGUGCUUUCCGAAAGCUGCUUUCCCGCAACGUGUAUGUCGUGGGGUGUUCAGGUGCGUGCGUGCCUACAAACCGACGCUGAGCGCUGCUGUCGUGGGUGGCGGCGCAGAGGGCGGUGGCAGAGCGUCGUGGCACGAUGUGAAGCACGCCAUCGGUGUGUACCUGCAUCGACUGCGGCGCUACGUGUUUCGUCGUGUGCGAUGGUUGUCGCUUCUUGUCGUAUUAGGCGUUCUGCUGUGGUGCGGCGUACGGGCCUGGAUGGCGCCGGCGCCGCUGCCGCCGUGGGAGUCCCCGCUGGCGGUGGUGGUGCACCACAAGGACGUCGUACAGCGCAUGCAGUUAGACGUUCCACGCAGGCUGCGAGCGGAUGAGGUGCCGUCGUGGACGCUGCGUGUGCUGCCGCGUGGGUGUCCCAACUGCAUCGAAGGCCCAGCUUGGGAGACGGCGGUGCAGCGUGCCGCGGCUGGCUUGAUGGCCCAUCGCGCACAAGAGGAUAUACAGCACCAGCAGCAUCACCUCAACGUGGAUGUACGCGGAGCCGAUGCGCUAAUGGAGUCGACUGCGGAGGACAUGAUAAACGACAGCGGUCCUUACGCAGUGUUUGCCACCCCCGCAGCCCCCCUCGGUCGUAUCGGUCCUUUUCUCCUGGCGAUGCACAGCGUGACGGACGAUGUGGACAUCGCGGGCGAGUUACCCAGAUGGGCGUGGAUGCGGCGAACUGGUACACAUCACGGUCGACGGUGGAACCCUCGCGCGGCAUCCACCUCCGCCGCCGCGGCCGACACCGGGCCGCACGUGCGCCAUCAGCGUCUGUCCGCGCCUCCCUACACGGCAGUGAUGGGGAUCCCUAGCGUGGAUGACGCCCGGCAUGCGACGCUGCGCGCGACACAGCGGGAGACGUGGUUGGGCUACAGCCGUGUUGCGCGCCACGACAACGACUUCGACGGGGCGCUCCUUCAACUGUACAUCUUCGCGGCGCGGGAACCGAGCUCAAGCGCGGGUGAGGAGGAUCGGUCGCGUGUGCCGCAAGACGAGGACAUCGGGCUGACGGUCGACGCCGAGGCUUUCCUGCCCACGACGCGUGAAUUCCGUGACGGGAGCGCAUUUUACGAAGCGUGGGAGCGGUACAAUCCCCACUAUCGUCCGGAGGACCCUGCUUUCGUCACCUCCUCCGCGGGCGCCGCGGCGGGCCAGCAGCGGACGCCGCACGUGCACAGCAAUAUGUCGUACGUGCAGCGUCGCAUGUCUCUGCGUCCGGACUGGCGCAAAGGCGCGGGGUGGACGUCGCCGUGCUCGCAUGUGAUGACGUCGACGGUGUACGACCAAGCCGGGGUGUCGCCGGCGCCGGCGAUGACGCGUCUACGCGCUUUCCUCGACCUUCCCACUUCCCCAGCUUUUACGAGUGGUGCGCGGUACCUCUGCACCGCCUCCGCCGCGCUCUGGCGUGAGGCGUUGUCUUUUAGAAACAUGCUCUGGGUGGACAUGAUGACGGACCGCCAGCCCACCUCGAAGAAGAAGCACGGCGAGGACGGUGGCUGGGGCCUGGCAGUGGAGGUUGGGAUGACGCAGAAAACCAUCCUGUGGCUGGAGUACGCCUACCACGCGUUCCCCGAUGUGCCGUACAUCAUCAAGAGCGACGAUGACGUGUAUGUCAAGGUUCCGCAACUGGUGAGCGACAUGUGGUACAUCUACGGUGAUCGACAGACGCGUGAUGCAGUGGCCACUACUACCACUAUUACUACGACCACCACGGCUGUUGAUACUGUUGAUGCUGCUGCUGCUUCGGGCGAUGAUGGAAGAGCAAGUGCUGCCGACGACGCGCUCUACCAGGCACGUACGACACCCGUCAGCGCUGCAGCAGAGGCGGCGGCGGCAGAUUAUCAACGCGCCACCGCGUCUUCGGCGUGCGUCUACUGGGGUCUUUUAUGGGGCCAGUACGACCACGUUCCGUAUUUUGUCGGCAUGCUGUACUUGCUGGACCGCCGUCUUGCCCGGGUGAUUCUCGAGCCGGCUGCGGAGAAACCGUCGUCCGCCGCCGCCGCCGCUUCAGUCGACUUUUUGCGGCUGGCGAUGCUCGACUACAACCCCCGUCUCCAUCACUACUACCGCGACGCGGGCAUGUACGCGGAAGAUUUUUUUAUCGGAAAGACCCUCAAGGCCCGCCAGCGCCGCGCACAGGAGCUGUGUCCAGACCGCCGUGUUACCUUCAUCGAGGAAGGCUCCCCCCGCUUCCACGAUCUGCGCCGCGGCUAUCGCAGCAUGAUCACCUGGGCCUCGGUGGUGCUGCACCGCUGCUUGCCGGCGGACAUGCGGUUCAUCGACUACUACUUCCACCACGAGCACCUUUUUAGCGCAAAUAUCUCGCAGCCGGCGACGAUGGAUGGCGGGGUCGAGGAGGCCGCGAAGGCGGUGGAGGCGGCGGCGCAGGCGCAGGCGCGGCUCGAGCACCCGGCUACCGACGGAUACCAAUUCCCUCUCGCGCAGUGGGCGCCGCACGGCACGGUGGAGCGAAACCGGAAGAAGCUUGUUGUCCGGGAAGAGGACGGGGUCGCGGUGUACGACGUGACGUUCCGCCGGUGGGGGUUUGAGCACCUGGUGCGCGGCGGCAUCCACUCAGUUCCGCAUUAUAAAAAGAACACGAAGAAGUACGUGCUGGUGGAGUAA